UGAACCGUCAUGUUCUGACGAACUUCGAAGAAUCCAACAAACUGUGCAGGGAACUGAAGUAUCGACUGACCAGUAAAAUGUGUAGAGGCACCUCUCUGUGGUAAUCGUUUACCCAAUGGCUGUUCGUCGCAUGACGAUGUUUAAACAUGGCGACGCGGAAUGACAGAAAACGAAAAAGUAAUGAAAAAACUACAAAACAUUUGUCUAGCUUUUACGGAAAGACGUGGAUAAUAAUCUUAGCUAUUUUCCUCGCGCCUCUCCACCACAUUCAUGUAUCAACACUAUUUGAAAAUGAUCGACACUUCUCUCACUUGUCUGAGGUGGAAAGAGAGAUGUCCUUCAGAACGGAAAUGGGGAUGUACUAUUCUUACUACAAAACUAUUGUCGAGUCUGAAACAUUCUCUGAAGGAUUACACAAGAUUAGGCACGACAAUUUGACCGAGUAUCCAAACACUAUCAAUGCUAUUAAAAAGUAUAAUUUGUUUCCAGAGGUUGCUAUUGGUCUACUGUACCACAAUUUCAAAUGGCUAGGUUUGAUCCCAGCACGAUUAUGCUGGCAGAUUGAACGUGGAGAAGGUUUGUCUCCUGUGACAAGUUGUGAAGGCUUAGGGGAGCCAAUCUAUUUUUACUUGGAAGUUGUUUGGUAUUGUGCCUCUGCCACAGUGGCAGUACUCUUUCUGUAUGCCGUCAACCUAAGUGAUUCCAUCUAUGGUGGUCUGAUAGCAGUCGCUUUGUUCUUCUACAAUCAUAACGACUGUACCAGAGUUCAAUGGACGCCACCAUUACGUGAGAAUUUUGCCUACCCUAUAUUACUGUGUCAGAUGUUUAACGUAACAGCUAUACUAAGAAAGUAUGCGAAGAACCGAAAAAUCGUCUGGAACGAUAUUCAUCAAGAUACACCAAGCAGGGACAUGGUUAUGUGUACCCUACUGAGUUUGCUGUGCUGGCAAUUUUCGCAAUUCGUAUUUGCCACUCAGCUAUUUGCGCUGUUGAUAUUAAAGUGGUUGAAAAUAAUUCCCAACGAACUGUACCUGAAACUAUGUCUUAUACACGCUGUGCCAGUAACAAUGUUUAUUUUCUGGACACAGAGCAAUUUGCUUCUUUGUUCUUUGUACACUUGCAUGUUGAUUGCAAGCACUAUUUGCUCUGUUUUGAGCACCAAGCUACCACGUACUAUAGCGCUGCCUAUCGACGUCGCGAGCACUAUAUUUGGGAUGCAAUUUCUGAAAUUUUUUUUGCUAAACUCAGAUGACGAUGGACAUAUUUUUGAUAUUUUACUAUCAAAGUUUACUAAUUAUAAAACGUUUCACACAAUGUUGUAUACUUGUUCUAGUGAAUUUGACUUUUUAGGAUAUGACACCUAUGAAGCCAUAGUAAAAACAUUUCUUUUACCAACAGUCAUAAUGUCGGGUAUUUUAGUUUUGUACUAUUGGUACAGAUGUUUCAAUACAGACGGUUUUCCCAAUUGUAUCGAAAUGGACGUCGCCUAUAAUGUUCUGCAAACAGGAGCAUUUAUAAUUAUGGCAAUUCUUAUAAUGCGGUUGAAACUUUUCAUGACACCACAUCUCUGUAUCAUGGCCAGUAUAGUAACAAGCAAACGAUACUUGGAAAAAGUUGAAAUUCGGAACCCAAAUAUUCGUGCCUCUUUAUUGGUUCUACUAUUUGCCUGUAUGUCGUAUACUGGAGUCCAGCGUCUUUACGAAGAACAUGGAUUCGUUGGGGAAUACAGUAAUAUUGAACAAGAACAACUACUAGACUGGAUACAGAAGAAUACACCAAGCAACGCUGUAUUUGCUGGUAAAAUGUCGUUAAUGGCAAAUAUUAUGCUGUCUACCAGAAGGCCUAUUGUUAAUAAUCCCUAUUACGAAGAUAAAGAGAUGAGAGAUCGUACCUUGAAGGUAUAUGAGAUAUUCAGUAGAAAAGAUGUGUCGACGGUUUAUGAAACCUUGAUGGAAAUGAAGGUUGACUACGUUGUUAUGGAAGAAACUUACUGUUACGAUGCUGGUAAUCCAAAGCUGGGAUGCAAAAUCACGGAUCUAUGGGACAUGGUGGACAAACGUAAUCAAAGGAGACCGUCGGUGUGCCCGAUUUUGUGUCGAGGAAACUCAUACCCAUUUCGAAGAGUAUUUGUAAAUGGUCGUUACGUUGUAUUGCGUUUAGAACGAUCCAUGUCUGUGGAAUUGAAACCAAAAAUCACGGAGUAUUAUCAAUUUUGAAUUUGUAGAUUGAGAUAGAAAGAUAUUCUGUAUGGCUAUGAAAGCAGAGAAUUUAAAAACUCUGAUGUGAUCGGCAAAUCUUAUGAAUUGAAAAAAAUAGGGAAAUGUUGAAAUUUGUUCUGUGGUAAAGUUAUUUAUAGCAAAAUGUACGUGAAAGUACCGUAAUAGCUCAGCCACAUGGGAUUCUCAGUUCCCACCAAAGUUAGUGCUUAGUUGACGAUGUUGCUUUUUGUAAUAGUUAAUAAUAUCUUCAACGCGUUUGAAAAAUUCAAACUUGACAAUUUUCAACACCUUUUGCGAUGAACAUUUAUUAUGAGUUUAUGUAGAGAAACCAUUGAGUUUUGACUGGGAAUUCUAAAGAAGUCAGGAAACUUCUAAUCUCAUUCUUUAUCGCCACUCUCUUUUUGAAAAACCGUGCAGCUGAGUCAUUUUUGAAUAACGUGACCCUAGGGUGUGGACCAUGUUUGGUAAAAUUAUAUUAGAAACGUUUGAUUGUAAUUAAAGAAAAUGUGUCAAUGAAUGAGAAAUACAGAGUGAUUGUCAUUUGAAUCAAGAAUUAUAAUAAAUUUAUGAAAGUAUUCAAUCAUGAGAGUCAAAUAUCAUUAGGAAUGAUUGUUGAAUUUUAUUUAUGUGAUAAAACAUAUUAAUUAUAGAGUUAAUAUAUGCAACUCUAGAGCUCGAGUGGAAGGGGCUACGACCUGGGGUUUUCAAAAUAAAUUCUCUCGUCGGUUACUUUUUGUCUGGCCUUUUCAAUAAUCUUUUUAACAAAAAAUUCAGGAGAUAUG